AUGCUUAAGAAUGCAAGUGAUUCUGAUCAAUCGUGCCGCGCGGCGAACGACACAGCGGUUCGAGUGACUAAGAAGGGAACAGCUGAGCUGAGGACGGCUGUCAAUGGCAAGGAGGUUAUAGUUGACCUAUGCAAGGUUUAUUAUGCUGAGAACCUCGCUGAUAAUAUCAUUAGCUAUGGUAUAUUGGAAGAGAGUGGUGUGUUUCUCGAGCGAGACGGCAAUCAGAGCUAUGCGGUAGGUCAAGAGGAUGGCCUGAAGAUAUUCGAGGUGUUCCGCCGCAAUAACGUGUUAACGGUCGACGUAAUAGGUGAGGAAACGAAGGAAGCGCGAGUUCAAGUUGCCAACUCAGUCUUGCUACAAGGUUACGAUGGAAUUGAUGAAGCUGUAGUGAGUACAACUCUUGUGGAGUUGCAUCAGAGGCUUGGUCAUCUUGGGUGCGAUAUUGUCGAGCGCAUGACCGAAUCUAAAGGAUCGGAAAUUCACCUAACAGACCGAGCCAGGCCAAAUUGUCUUACUUGUGCAGAAGGCAAGCAGAGCAAAAACAACCAGUCCAAGAUGGAUACAGGCUAG